UGUGUGAAUGUGUGUGUCAGUGUGUGUGAGAUUUAGAUCUGAAAUCGUUAGAUGUGAGCAGGGAGAAGCUAUGAUUACGCUAUACAUUUCGUGUUUUUGAAGCUUCAUUAUUGUCUCUCUCUCUAGUUGGUACCGUUUGAUAGCUCAAUUUCAUAUUUCGCGAAUUCUUCUAUAAAAUUGUUUCAGUUCUCUAUAAUAACCUCAUAUAGAGAACUUCAAUUUCUGGAAUUGCCUUCCGAUUAGUUUCAACGAUCAGAAAUUCAAGAAGGGAUCUGACUAAUGGAUAAGGAAGCUUCAAACGGAGUGAACCAUGCAACUACAAAACCACCUCCCAAUCCCUCUCCUCUGCGAAGUGCCAAAUUUUUUCAGGCCAACAUGAGAAUUUUGGUUACUGGAGGAGCUGGAUUUAUUGGCUCUCAUCUAGUGGACAAAUUGAUGCAAAAUGAGAAGAAUGAGGUGAUUGUCGUGGAUAACUACUUCACUGGAUCGAAGGACAACCUAAAGCAAUGGAUUGGUCAUCCAAGAUUUGAGCUUAUUCGUCAUGAUGUCACAGAGCCAUUGUUGGUUGAAGUUGAUCAAAUAUACCAUCUUGCUUGUCCUGCAUCUCCAAUUUUUUACAAAUACAAUCCUGUAAAGACAAUCAAGACAAAUGUGAUUGGGACAUUGAAUAUGCUUGGACUUGCCAAGAGAGUUGGAGCAAGGAUUUUGCUUACAUCAACUUCAGAGGUUUAUGGAGAUCCUCUUGUGCAUCCCCAGAAUGAGAGCUACUGGGGUAAUGUCAACCCUAUAGGGGUUAGGAGUUGUUAUGACGAGGGAAAGCGUGUGGCUGAGACUUUGAUGUUUGAUUAUCAUAGGCAACAUGGAAUAGAAAUAAGGAUUGCUAGGAUCUUCAACACUUAUGGACCGCGCAUGAAUAUUGAUGAUGGGCGUGUUGUCAGCAAUUUCAUAGCUCAAGCAAUCCGUGAUGAACCCUUGACUGUUCAAUUACCUGGGACACAAACUCGGAGUUUUUGUUAUGUCUCUGACAUGGUUGAUGGUCUUAUUAGACUUAUGGAAGGAGAUAAUACAGGGCCAAUCAACAUUGGGAAUCCAGGUGAAUUCACAAUGCUUGAACUUGCUGAGACUGUGAAGGAGCUUAUCAAUCCUGAAGUGAAGAUCAUAACUGUGGAUAACACUCCAGAUGAUCCUCGACAGAGAAAGCCAGACAUCACGAAGGCAAAGGAGUUGCUGAGCUGGGAACCUAAAGUCAAGCUACGUGAUGGUCUUCCCCUCAUGGAGAAUGAUUUCCGCACGAGACUUGGAAUCUCAAGAAAGGAGUAAAAAUGGCGGGGAUGAGCAAGUUCUUGAGAAAUGCUUGAGUCUGGCUUUUCUAUGUCUGUGCUUCCAUUGUGUGCCCUUUCCUUUUUCACCCUCUUUCCUUCUAUUAUAUCACCAUGUGGAAUAAGUUGGUACCAGAACUCCUAUUAUACUACAUAGUUACCAUAUAAGCACACACAGAAUAUGCCCUCUAUUGUGGGUCUUGAGCCAGUACUUGUUUAGUAUAUAGAAAAGAAAUUUGCUGAUUUAUGGGUUAAGUCAAUAAUAUACUUGUCUUGUGUUCAUCAAAAGAA